AAAGAAUUUAAAAUCUCGAGGUCAUCUUCGGUCCAUCGUAUUCGUGUUUGAUAGAAUUUCCCUAUCAAUUCUAAGGGUUUUCUGUCUUCAUCUAACAUCCCAUUCUGUUUUAGCAAAAAUGAGGGGCAAACGUAUGCACAAAGGUAGAACCCGAAAGUUUACUGCCCCGGAAGAAAUCGAUCGUCAACUUGGUUUGUCUAAAGAAGCUGAAUCAUCUCUGAAUAAAAAAAUCCAUGACAAGAAUAUUAAUGAAACUGAAACGGAUGAUGAUGAUGAUGAUGAUGAUGAGGAGGAGGAGGAGGAAGAAGAUGAUGACGAUGAGCAAGACACAACCGAACGUCAUAAGGGUGUUAGUCAUUUAAUUGAAGUUUGCAAUCCUAAUCGUGUAAAAUCUUCUAAAACAGUUGUUCCUUCACGAAAAGAGAUUGCCGCAUCUAUCAAAGCUACAACUGAUCCAAUAAAAUUAUUAUCAGAAACCGAAUUAGCAGCUAAUAUAGCACGUCUUCAAUUAGUUAGGAAAGAACGUGAAUUAGCAGCUCAAAAACUUGAACAAGAAAAACAAGCUCGUGAAGCACAACGUGCAGCAAUCGCUGCAGCCAAACGUACAUCUCAAACAAAACCACAACAGAAAAGUGGUCAUAUUGGUAAACAACAUACUAACAGUAACAAAGAACAUCAAACAGCAAAUCAAAAAAACAAUACAAAUUCAUCAGUAGUAACCAAUGAUAACGGAUCGAUUAAUUGACUGAUCAAUGAUUAUUAUCCUUAAGUUUAUGUAUGUUCUGAUAUCACUUACAUAUAAAGAUGAGAAAUAACUAUUUUGGCAAAGUCGUCACAUAUAUUCACCUUUUCAUUUGAUACCCACUCAAGCAAACCUAACUAUCCUUAUUCUUUUCGUUACAUGCUAUCAAACUGUUUUAGAUUACAUUCUAAAUAUGUUUCAUAGCAUUUUUCACAUUGGGAAAUCUCUCUUACCUGACUUCCUGUAUUAAUAACUUGAAAAGUUAAGUCAUAAAUUGUAUCCUUUUUUUAGCCAACGUGCUCUCUUUUAUACAUUUUUAAUAAAUAAAUAAAACAUUUAUAUAUAUACAGCUGUAUUUAUGUAUGGAUUGUAUGAAGCUUGAUAUACCUUCAAUGAGCUUUUGAAGCAAAUGUUUGUGUGUAUAGUGCGAUCAACUAAGUAAAGAAUUCCAAGGUUUAAU